GAUUCACCGAUGAUCGUCGCAGACGGUGACCUCCCUUUUACAAGGUUAAAGUUGUCGCUAGAUGAAGAAGAAGAAGAGAUAAGUGCAAUACGUACAAUGCAGUCAUGGGUUGUUGAUAUACCCGACCCUCGGCACAUCACCACAAUGCUCAAAUGCCUGAAACGUUCCGGGCUUGAGUCUCCUUCCCUGGCUCAUCUCAAACGUAUACGGAAGCAAGGCAAUAUAUCCAGUCUUCUCAUCAGCACCUCACCAAACCCCCCGUGUCUUCCUAGCGACCUAAGCCUCCCCUCUCCCUAUCAAUUACCUGUACCAUGUACUGCAGCACUCACACCAACAUCUCUCCAACUUAAAUGUACGUUAUGGCCAACCGUAUAUACCCCACGCCGAAAAUGGGAACCAGAGACGUGGUCAAAGGGGACCGUUCGCUGGGCAGGUCGUGCUAUCACGCAUGUCAUGUUAGAAGCUUCCAAGGCCCGUGCAGGUGGUGAGCUGCCCAUCGUCGCUCAUGUGCCUUCGCCUUACAGAGAAGAGGACCAGUUCCCGAUGUCGUUCACUGCACACGACACACGUACAUCGACUAGGCACCCUCUGCGACACGCCAUACUCAAUAUUAUACGCAGCGUCGCCGAUUACCGUGCUUCCGAGCCUUCCCUCGACUCCUCCUCCUCCCAAUCUACGACCUUUAAUACCCUUAUCAACUCCGAGUCAGACGAUUCAGAUGUCCCACGAAACGGCGCACGCUAUCUUCUUACAGGACUCACGCUCUUCACUACCCAUGAACCAUGCGUCAUGUGUAGCAUGGCACUACUGCAUUCACGAGUAAAGGAGGUCUUUUACGUCGUCCCUAUGCAACAGACUGGCGGGUGUGGGGGCCUUGCAUGUCUUCCUUCUCUCAAGGGCGUAAACCAUCGCUUUGGUAUAGCCAGAUGGAAUGGGACGGUUGGCGGUGCUGAAUCAUUGGAUGUACUAGAAAUAGACCCCACGAUAGAUGCUUAGAUUGUUCAACAAGUCAUUCACGAUUUCCCCAGAAAAGAAGCGGAAGACCG